AUGUCCCGAAAUGUCGGCGCAGCGCCAUCGGCUCCGCGGAGGGGACCGCCGCAGCUGUCCCGUCACCUGCGCCAGACGAGCUCAACCGCCUCAGACCGCGCAUCGGAGCCGGCGCCGGCAUCGCCCAGGAGCGUCUCUACGCAUUCGACCGUGAAGAACGUGCGGGACGAGAAGCCGCGCAAGGCUGGGCGGUACUGCACCGUCACCGUGAAUGACGGAUAUGCGCGCGACGAGGUGCUGCUGAACCUGGACCUGCUUGGGGGCGACGUCAAGCCGGGCACCUUGAUGUCCAUCGCGGUCCUCAAGCCAGAGUUCUUGAAGUCGUCGGGAGGCAUCGGCAGCUUGAAGAAGCAGGCGCACGAGGACAAUGGCAGCUUGCGAUUCCAGAACCUGGCAAGUCCAUGCGACCGCAAUGACCUGGGUCACCAGUACAUUUUUGUCGCAAAGGAUAUGCCCAAGGAGACCAAGGCGCGGCAUCCCGAAGCUGAAGUCCACGUUGUCAAGCACAUUGCGGACGUCUUUGGGAUGAAGAAGGGAUCCAUUGUUCUGCUGAGAGCGGUUGACAACGACCAUCCGGUUACCGAAGCCUCGCACGUUGAGCUGAUAUUCAAAGACCAGUACCUGUCGCGGGCAGACAUGUGGAGGGUCGCCGUCGGGGAGCUUACGCAGCGGACGGUGUACAAGGGUCAAUCCCUCCUCUUCAUGGGCACCAUCAAGGCCCAUGUCUCGACGGUCUACGUCGACGGGAACGCUGUCCACUCCGCCUUUUUCAGCCGCGAGACGAGGCCCAUCUUCCGCAGCGAGUCGGCCAGAUACGUCCUGUUCAUCCAAAUGUCCAAGGAGAUGUGGGACUUUGACUCCGAAAGCUCUGGCGAGAUCAUGUUCAAUAAAGUUGUCAACGGGUUUCUGCCAGCCCUAUUUAAGCGAUGGGCGCUGCUCAAGGUUAAGCACCUGGUCAGCAUUGUGCUGUUUGCUCGCGUCGAGUAUGACACGGGCUUGACAAACGACCUGGAGGCGAGCGCCCUCCAAUCGGACUACUACACCGGCGUGCAGUCCUAUGGGAAUCGGCGGCCGUACAAGGACUUUUACCGGGUGGUUGUGAGCGAAAUGGCGAGCAUCGAGUGGACCAGGAUUCUGUAUCAGCUCAAGAAAGAGCUCAACUACUUCCGAAGAGACAUCACGCUGCAUCACUUUUCGGCAAACCCUACUACUCAGCCUCUGUCGGGGAAUGAGCCCAUCAGUCGAAUAAGAGCCGAGUCUUCCUUUGCCAUCCAUGGCAACAUCCUCGAGGCCAUCAACCUCGCCUGCGCGCAGUUUUCCCACGACUACAUCGAUCGCGACUUGACCCGGACAGGCAUCUCCAUCGCCGUCAUCAGCCCUGGCGCUGGCAUCUUCGAGGUGGAUUAUGAGACACUGCGAAGAACGACAGAAGCCCUGGUGGGGAAUGGCAUCGGCAUUGACCUCAUCUGUAUGGCACCGAUGCCUCUGCACUCGGUCCCUCUGUUCAGAUAUCGAAACCCGCGAUUCUCGUUAGCGGAAGAUCCGUCUCAGGACCGGCAUCAUUCGCUGUCGAGAUCGUUUCACAGCCGUGACAGCACGCCGAACCAACCGACGCCCGUAAUCGGAAGCUACCAGUCCACCUCGGGCUCUUACUCGCCGUCCAAAAGCAGGGACAUGAUGCGCCGCGUCGAACACCUGGAUUCACAAAGUAGGCGUGACGAAUGGUGCUAUGUACUGCCUCAGUGGCUGCACGUUUCCUUCUGGACGGGCACCUCCAACGAAGCGCUCUCGUACGCGGGCGUCGCCCUGUCCGUAUCCAACAGGGUUGACCAAGACGACGACGAAGAUGACUUUAGGAUAAGAUGCCGGAUGUACGAUCUUCAGAUGCGGAGCGCACUCGAUACGAACGACAUUGAAAUCACGCCGCUGCACUCAGAUCCUCACUAUCCCAGCAACAUCUUUGAGAACAGCAGUCUCACCAAGCGGCGCCAAGAGGCACUUGGUGAUCUCUGGUACAAUCCCCCGGCCCGUCUUUCUGAUCACUUGAUCGAGAGCAUCCAUGGGUUCCAGAGGUUCGCGCCCGAGAGGCAUGCGCGUCCCAGUGAGCGCUCCUCCUGGAAGCAGCUGCAGGAGUUUGAUGACUCCAGAAUCAUUCUGACUUACCGCAAGCGCCCUCAACACUAUCACCAUGGCUCUGAAGCAGGGCUCAGGUCCGACGACAGCCGUAGGCACCAUUUAGAGGACAUGAAUGUCUUGGGAUCUUCACUUCCAGAAAAGAAACUACACACCAAUGUUCCUUCGGCGAGGAAGCUCUCAAUGAACCAAGCAGAAAUCGAGAAGCCCAACAUGUUUGUCAAGAAGAGACUGCCAGACCCGCCGCCUUCGAAAGAACCGCCGUCUCCUAACCCGCCGGCACUGCAACCGCCAGCUGUCACCAAGAUUGCCUCGGCAUCGAAGGCGCCCAAAUUCAUGAGACAGAUCAGCCUUGGGCACCGCGGAUUUGGCAUAGCAGCCCCCAAGAUUGCAGCGGCCGAGGUCAAGGCAGAGACUGUCAACGCGGCUGUGUCGAAGCCAAGCGCGCCGCCACCGUCUACUCCGCGGUCGCGCCCGGCCCUGAGGCCGUCUACGCCUCUGACUACGAGGAGCCAGUCUCCAUUCUCAAUCAAAAACCUUAGACGGGAUGCCGCCGAUCCAAUCCUUGAGAGAAUGUCGUCGACGCCGAGCAUCCCUAUCCUGGUGAAGAACGGGUCGAAUCGUCACGAGAUGAACAUGUACGAUUUGAAAGUAGGGACUCCCGCCCAUCACGCUUCUGCAUCGCGGACACGCACCGGCAGCUUUGAGGACGACGGCGAGCUGCACCAUAAUAUGCUCCGCACGGAAGAUCACAAGGUGGUCCUGAGCAAACUACGAGCCGGCGUGGGCGUGACGCCGGAGCCUGCACCGACGAUUUCGCCGACGUCAGCCAUCAGCCCCUGGCUGGUGCUGUUGAACCCGUCAGACCCGGACAAGAACCAGAUUGACCCGGCCAACCUGUACACGCGCUGGCAGCACAUCUUCCCUCGCAUAUCUGAAAUGAAGAUACAGAAGUGGAAAGCCCUGUGUUGCCCUGCUGCAGUUCCAUUGACGACGGAGUACUUUCCCACUAGGGCGCAGUUUGAUACCGAGUAUCAGAGGCACCCCUACAGCGUGGAUCAGAACGCAGAUGAUGAAUCGUCUGAAGAGCCCAAGUCUCGACAAGAGUUCAUCAGCGAGCUCAUCAGCCUACGAUUCUCACAAGGUUUCCAAGUCGUCGUUGGGCCGGCCGUGGCGAGAGCGUUUGGUCAAAAGGUCAUUAAGCUAGGAGACAUCUUCUCGCGCGACCAGGUUCUUGAGGAUGGGACAAGCAUAUUCAUGUCUGUCGGCAACAUCAUUCAUCAGCUCUCAUGCGUCAACGGGACAGAAGUCGACGUCAACAUUUACGUCAGAAAGCCCACGGCCGACAUGUCUGGGCUGCCGGAAGGGUUCUCUCCCAUGUACAGGCCAGCCAUCAGAACGCUGUUCGACACAGAUUACGAAGCUCGACAAAUAGAGCUGCUUUCUAUUCCGAGACCCGAUCUCAACUGGAACCUGAUCGACUCAUACGCCGCGGGGCAUCACGAAGAGAUGAUGGAGAGCUUGCGCUUCUGGAGAGCCCGGUUUGUCCUCAUCCCGCUGGUGGCCCAGAACCCCUCAGUGCCCAGGACGCAAACCGGCCUGUAUCCCGAGGAGAUCAGGAUAGAGGGCAUCAAGCGCCUGGCGCAGCUGUGGCAGAAGAACCGCUACAUCCCGCCGUCGGAGCGGCGGUUCCAAACCAAGAGCCGGCUUGAUCGGAAUCCCUUGGACAUCAUCUACAAGACGGAAGAUCCGUCCGUCGUCAUUGCGGCCGAGCUGGAGACACUGCCCCUAACCGAGGGCCUCGAGGGCGGGAUGGCUAAGAAGCAUCAGCUCGUGACGAGGAAAGAACGGUUUGAAAAAUCCAACCUCAACCUUGCUGCCCUGGCAGAAGCCAUGCAGCAGCCUGUGGAGCAGGGCGGUGUUCCUCUGCGGAACCGCCGCUGGCAUCUCCGGCUGCAUUACCACUCCUUUCUCGGGUCCGAUAUGACGACGUGGCUGCUGGAGAACUUUGACGAUCUCGAGACGCGCGAGGACGCAGAGGAGCUUGGCAAUGCGCUGAUGCCUAAGGGGCUCUUCGUGCACGUCGAGAAGCGCCAUCGGUUCCGAGACGGCAACUACUUUUACCAGUUCGCCCCUGAGUUUGCGAAAUACCAGUCCGGCUGGUUCGGAAGCAAGAAGAGAGAGGGUCCCCUACCCCUAACGCCCAUGACGGAGGCGUCAAUAAGCUCGGGCAGGACGCGAUCGGUCCACGACGACCACUCACCGUCGUCGCUGACCAGCACGCCCACGCUGUCGGCGGCGAAUGUGGGCAAGAGCCGGCCCCGUGUCGUCCUCAGCAAGGUCAUCAAGUAUGACGUGGACCCUAGGAAGAGGUCCUAUCGUCCUGAGCGGAUCGACCUGCACUACGACCGGCUGCACAACCCGGACAACUGCUACCACGUGAGGAUCGACUGGAUGAACGCGACGGCCAAGCUCGUAGAAGACGCCGUUGACGUGUGGGAGCGCGAGGCCAGCCAGUACGGCCUCCGUCUGGUGGAGGUGCCCAUCAGGGAGGCCAGCAGCAUCACGGAAGUGAAUCCCUUUAGAAAGGCAUAUCCCAUCAAGCUCGCGGUGCAGCCACCAGACAAGAAGCCCGAGACGUUUUACGAUCCAAACUCUUUGGGACCCCAGACGGUGCCGACGAGACACUUUUACCAAAAGGCCAUCCUGCGGCACUGCGACUUUGUGCUCGACACCGAGGCGGCGUCCAACUACCCCAGCAACGUGGACAUUAUCUACUCCUGGGGCCGCCCGGACUACCGAUACACCCAGUACAUCCACCGCUCGGGCCUGCUGCUCGCCCAGGUGACGGACGAGGGCAGCUUUCUCGUGCUGGCAAACCGGCUGUACGGCAGACGGGCGACCAAGGAGCGAGAGCACCACCAAUACCACCACCACCCGUACCACUACCACCACCAACAUCACCACCCGUACCACCACCAUCACACCUCGCCCAGCCUCAAGGGCGUCAACAGCGCAGACGACCCCCUGAGCAGCAAACCAGGCCACCCAUCCACGUACACCUCCUCCCAAGCGCUCGAGCCGGAAACCAUCAAGUCCGAGUUCGAAGCCUUCUGCUCCGACGCCCUCGCCCUCGAGGCCUUCUACAAGGAGACGCUCGAGCGGGGCCAGCACAUCCAGGGUACGCCGGCGAUGAUUGCGUCCACCACGGCGCCGUCCGGCCUGGAGGCGGUCCCCGAGGCGAGCAUCCCCUCGCUGGGACUGCCGCCGGGGGUGCUGGCGUCGCUAGAUGCCGCGAGCGCGGGGGGUGCGGGCGGGCCGCAGGGGGCGGCGGCGGCGGCGGCGGUGAGGAUGGGGAGUCCGAUGAUGUUUUUGAGAAGGGGGAGCGUGCAGUUUGACGGCUUGGGGUUGGGCUCCGGGGGGAAGAAGUGA